AUGCAAAAUGUUUACAUUGUUAACCAAAUAAAACUGAUACUAUACCUUUUUUUUGUUGGUUUCCUAAAACCAAAUGACAUUGUAGAAACUUACAAUGUAGCUCGAAGUGCCGAGAAAUUAAACUACAUAUUAAAUUACAAAAAUGCCAGUAGAUAUAAUAUAGACAAUAGGAUAAAUAAAACGUUUUUAAAAAAAAAGGAAUUUAAAGGAAAUACAUUAAAAAGCUUUAGUGAAGAUGUAAAGACAAUUAGGGAAGAUAUGACAUCAGACAGUUCUCCAGUGGAAAAAUAUAAUUUCAGAGCAGAGGUUAAUAAAGUUAUGGAUAUAAUAGUUAAUUCAUUAUAUACUGAUAAAGAUGUAUUUCUAAGAGAGUUAAUAUCGAACGCAUCGGAUGCGUGUGAUAAGAAAAGAAUAAUAAUACAAAACGAUAAAUUAAUGAAAGAAGCACAAAAUAUAGCAAAUUCAUCAGGAGUUGUAAAAACUGACAUGGAAAAAACAAUAAGCGAAGAAAAUAACAAAGAUGGAGAGGUAGAAAAUAAAGAACAAGUAGAUGAAAUAAAGGCGUUAAUAAUAAAAAUAAAACCAGAUAAGGAAACAAAAACAUUAACAAUUACAGAUAAUGGAAUUGGGAUGGACAAAAAUGAAUUGAUAAAUAACUUAGGAACAAUAGCUCAAUCAGGAACUGCCAAAUUUUUAAAACAAAUUGAAGAAGGAAAAGCAGAUAGUAACCUAAUUGGACAAUUUGGUGUUGGAUUUUAUUCGUCUUUUCUUGUAUCAAAUAAGGUAGAAGUUUUUACAAAAAAAGAAAACAAAAUUUUUAGGUGGUUUUCCGAUCUUAAUGGUAGUUUUAUGGUUAACGAAAUAAAAAAAUAUGAACAAGAAUAUGAAGAUAUUAAAACAAGUGGAACAAAAAUUGUUUUACAUUUGAAAGAAGAAUGCGAUGAAUAUUUAGAGGAUUAUAAGUUAAAAGAAUUAAUCAAAAAGUAUUCUGAAUUUAUUAAAUUUCCAAUUGAAAUAUGGUCAGAAAAAAUUGAUUAUGAAAGAGUUCCAGAUGAUUCAGUAUCUUUAAAAGAUGGAGAUAAAAUGAAAAUGAAAACUAUAACAAAAAGAUAUCAUGAAUGGGAAAAAAUUAAUGUGCAAUUACCAAUAUGGAAACAAGAUGAAAAACAACUAACUGAAAAUGAUUAUUAUAGUUUUUAUAAAAAUACCUUUAAAGCAUAUGAUGAUCCGUUAGCAUAUGUUCACUUUAAUGUAGAAGGACAAAUUUCAUUUAACUCUAUUUUAUACAUACCUGGAUCUCUCCCAUGGGAACUGAGUAAAAAUAUGUUUGAUGAAGAAUCAAGAGGAAUUCGAUUAUAUGUCAAAAGAGUUUUUAUAAAUGAUAAAUUUUCCGAAUCUAUACCACGAUGGUUAACCUUUUUAAGAGGUAUAGUAGACAGUGAAAAUUUGCCCUUAAAUGUUGGAAGAGAAAUUUUGCAAAAAUCAAAAAUGCUUUCCAUUAUUAAUAAAAGAAUUGUCUUAAAAAGUAUUAGUAUGAUGAAAGGUUUAAAAGAAACAGGAGGAGAAAAAUGGAAUAAAUUUUUAAACACUUUUGGAAAAUACCUAAAAAUUGGUGUGGUAGAAGAUAAAGAAAAUCAAGAAGAAAUCGCAUCUUUAGUAGAAUUUUAUUCCAUUAAUAGUGGAGAUAAAAAAAUCGAUCUAGAUACCUAUAUAGAAAAUAUGAAACAGGAUCAAAAAUGUAUUUAUUACAUUUCAGGAGAAAAUAAAAAAACAGCGCAAAAUUCUCCGUCUUUAGAAAAAUUAAAAGCAUUAAAUUAUGAUGUUCUUUUUUCCCUAGAACCAAUAGAUGAAUUUUGUUUGUCCUCCCUAACUGUUAAUAAAUAUAAAGGAUACGAUGUUUUGGAUGUAAACAAAGCAGACUUGAAAUUAAAAAAAGAAAAUGAUCAAAAUAAAACAGAUAGUUUAGACAAAUUAAAAAUGAAAUAUGAAAUAUUAUGUAGAUGGCUACAUAAUAAAUUUUCUCACAAAGUGCACGAAGUUCGAAUCUCAGAUAGAUUAAUUAACUCUCCUGCAUUAUUAGUUCAAGGAGAAAUGGGAAUAUCCCCAUCUAUGCAAAAAUACAUGAGGCAACAAGCAACAGCACAAGGAAUGUCAGAAAAUGAAAUGUUUGGUGGUCAAUCAGCAAAUCAACCAGUGUUGGAAAUUAAUCCAAAUCAUUACAUAAUUAAACAGUUAAAUCAUUUAAUACAAAUAGACAAAAUGAAUUCACAAAAUUCAGAAAUUGCAGAGCAAAUAUUUGAUGUUGCAUCUAUGCAAGGAGGGUAUGCCAUAGAUGACACAGGUCUUUUUGCGAAACGGGUCAUAGGAAUGAUGGAAAAAAAUGCACAAACUUAUUUAAUGAAUGUUCAAGAUAAUCUAGUCGACAUGCCAUCAAGUAGCCCCAAUGAUAAACCUGCUGAAAAUACCACAUCCACAAAUACUGAACAGGUGCCGACCUCAACACAAGCCGAGACAAAUGUUGGAGCCUCAGUCGAUAGAGGUUCUGAAGGAUUAAGUGGAGAAAACUCGAAUACAAGUAGCAUAAGCGGAUCAGGAGAAGACAAACUAAGCGCUAGUAACCUAGAUAUAUUGGGGGAAAACAAAUUAAGUGCAAGUAAUUUAGACGAAUUAGGAGGAAACGAUGGAAUUGCAAAUAACUUAAACGGAAGUAGCUUAAAUAAUAGCACAUUAAAUGGAAAUAAUAAUAUAAACAAAAUAGAUCCCAAUUUGUAUAAUAUGGAUAAAAACAUUUUAAAUGAUAAAAUGCUUGACGGUUCAGACAAGACAAUGUUGUGA